AUGCAUCAACAGGUUCUGACCAUGGGCUACAACAGCGGGAGUAGCAUGGACAAAAACGAUGCCAAUGUCGCUCUCAAAGCAGAGGCCGGCGACAGCGGCGUUGACGGCUCGGCGCACCCAACGGCGAUGCUGCUCUUCUCCAUCGGCAUGGUUUUCGGCCCCCACAUUGGCUAUGUGUUCCAGAUCCAGGAGAUGUACAGCACUAGAAACGUUGAGGGCUACUCGCCCCUAGUAUCGGUGAUUCUCUUGACAAGCAACAGCAUCCGCAUCCUUUAUUACUUUGGUCACCACUUCGACCUGGCGCUACUGUUCCAGGCGAUCUUCGCUGUCUUCGUGCACGCACUGCUGCUGAUGCUGGUGAUGCACAUUGUGCAGGUCGAGCGCAGAACCGCGGAGGAGGUACCCGUCACUCCGCAGGAAGUCGGGCUGGACAACAUCAUCGAUGUUGGCGACACUGGCGGCACUGCUGGGCGUUCGAUGGUGGCGUGGCUUGAUGAGCAGGCGUGCCGCUUCGAACAGGCGGUGCUGCGCAUUCCCCCUGCGACGUUCCUGCGGCGCUACACCAUCUGGGCACUGACGGUGAUGGUGGUAGUGUUCUUCUACUACGCCAGCAUUGGCGCGGUGUGGGCGGAGGCGCCGGAGGUAGUCGGCUACAUUGCUCUCGGCAUCGAGGCGCUGCUUGUGCUGCCGCAGAUCCUGCGCAACCACCGCCGCCACUCCACGGAGGGACUGACGCUAGUGCUGGUGCUCACGUGGUUUAUCGGUGACAUCAUCAAGGUCAUAUACUUCUUCGCCUACCACCAGCCGCUCCCCUUCAUUCUAUGCGGCUGCUUCCAGCUGAGCCUUGACCUGGUCGUCAUUGCACAGGUAAUCUAUUACCGCUGCCGCCGCCGCCGCCUGCCAACAGUGGCGCCGACAACACUGACGGGGCCUGUCAGUGGCGAGCAUGCGGACGAUCAGCAGAACGGGAAGUAG